CCCUUACCCGCUGCUGCUGCUGCCUCGCCCUCUCCUGCUGCCCCCGCCCCCACUGCUGCGGUCACCCCCUCCGCCUGCCGCGUGUCCAACCCGCGGUGGCUGGCGCCCGAGGUGAUCCUCACGCAGCGCAGCAGCAGGCAGGGAGACGUGUUCAGUUUCGGUAUCAUCAUGUACGAGCUACUCACGUGGCGGGUGCCGUACGAGGGGUACGACGGACUGCAGGUUGUGGUGCAGCACACCACCUGGGCCCAACACCAGCACCAACAGCACUUCUUACAUAUGCAAAUGCAGCAGAUGCAGCUGACGGGAGGUGUCGCAGCAGGGGUGGCAGCAGCAGCGGGGUUGGCUUGCGAGCCCUUCCGGCCCCAGCUGCCCCCGGAUGAGGAGCUGCCGCAGGUUCCCCCCGGCGGCAGUGACAGUCUGGCCGCCUUCAAGCAGCUCAUGGCGGAGUGCUGG